AACCAUUUAUUGUCAUGUGAUUUGUUGUCAGGACAUCACAGCCGACGGAUCUAAUAUUUUGAUGCUUGUUGUGUGUUUAUUGCAUUAUUUUCAAAAAUGUACACUGCCGCGACGGAGAGUUUAAUAAAGCAGGCAAGAGAAAUAAAGGAAGAAGAGCUGCAGAGGUUUUGUGGACGCAUAUUUAAGCUGCUCCACAGUAAAGAUGUUAGUGGAGACACAGUGGACUCCCUCCAGAGGCUCAAUCUGAUCGUUUCUGCCACUAAAUAUGCGAGAGAGCUCCCGUCAGAUCUGGUGCUGAAGCUGCAGACGGUUCUUCGUUCUUCUUCAUGUCCAGAGCAGCUUCAGGUUCUGUCCUCCUCCAUCAUCCGGGACAGAUUUCCUCCCAGCGUGCACAGCCUCUGCUCCGAUCUCAGUCACGACAGCAGGACCUUCAGCCAUGUGGCCAGUGUUGUUCUCGCUCAGGCUGGAAGUAAAGAAGAUGUGAUGCCUCUUUGCCACCAUUUGCUGAAAAGUCUCGAGUCUCGGCUGUCUGACGGACAGAUAUCCAGACAUGUGCUUCCCAUUCUCUCUAAGAUGAUUACUGUUUAUCCAGAGAUUCUCACAGAUGAUCAGGUGAAUGUGGUCAGUCGUAAGUUGGUGGACUGGUUGCGUUAUGCCAGUAUGCAGCAGGGAGCCUCCAUGUCUUCUGGGGGAUUUUUCAGUGGACCAAGAACACGUCAGCCUGCUCCGCUGACGGAGGUGGAUGGGGUGGUAACAGGUGACUUCUUCACUGUGCUGUGUGUGGGUCAGAGCUACACUGAGGACCAGUGGAUGAAUAUGUACACUUUCUCUAUGAUCAAGAGUUGGCUGCUCACUUAUGACACAGAUGGGACUACAAACACAGAAUCAGCUCUACUAAUAAAAGCGCAGGGCAUUCAUUCACAGCACCAAGAUGAUCGCUCAGAGGUGGACAGUUCAGUGACGUCCAUGGUGUCGGCCACAUCCUCUUCCAUCAGACUACUUCCUCCCAAAGAGAGACUCCGAGAGAAGGCUUUUGAGUACUGCCAGCGUCUCAUUGAACAGAGUGACAGGAAGGCCCUGAAGAAGACAGACACAGAGCUGCAGAAAGCAUGUAUUGUUGAGUCCGUGUCAAUAUUGGACAUCAUCUGUGGUGAGGACCCCUCCUACGUGUACCGUGCCUUCCCCUGCAUCAAAGCCCUGUACGGCAGACUGAAUAAAGAUCUCACCUAUGCUCGAGCCCUGUUGCCUAUCGCUCAGUUCUACCUCAACCACGGUGAGAUUGCAGCGGUGGACUCCGAGGCUGUGUUCUGCCAACUCUUCAGUCACUGUCCCGCCGAGCAGUUCAACGAGCCCAUGCUUGCCUUCGAGUUUGUCCAGUUCUGUCUUCUCAAUGCUAGUGUGCUGCAGGACAGGGUGACCAAAUACAGACAGAGCUUCCCAAACCUCCUGAAGUUCUUGGCAUGGAACAGUUCAGGAUUGAUUGCAGAGUUUGUGGAGCUGCUCCCAUCACUGAUAGCUCCAGAUACAGCCAUUGAGUUACUGCACACUAUCCUUGAUCUGCCCUGUUUAGCAGCAGCCCUGGACCUCCAGCAGAGAUCAGCAUGCUAUCAGGCUCCAGACCGUCCCGCAUGGGACCAGCAGGGGGCGAAGGUGGCCGCUUGUCUGGAUGCCUUCCGCCAGCCGUCCUGUAGGGGCCUCUUCCUCUACAUCCUCAGACCUGAGGCUGGGACCGGAGACACAAUAGACAGGCUAAAAAUGCUUCAUGAGGUUUUGGCUGACAUGGCGGAGAGUCCACGAGCUGUUCGGUGUGCUCAGGUCGUUCCUGUGCUUCUGCAUGUGUACUUCAACACAGUCACUCAGAAAGCUGAUGAGAAAAUGUUGAACCAGCUGUUGCUAGUGCUGCUGGAGAGAAGCAGUCUGCUCUACGACAUCAAGACAUUUAAUGUUGAAGUCCAAAAGGUGUUCAGCACCCACCUGCAGGCCCUGUGCAAACUCCACCCACCACUGAUUGUGGAUCAGUCCAGGGAGAUCCUGGAGCUCGCAAGCUCCCCUGCCAACAUUUACAGUAAAGAAGACUUCUACACUCAUGUGGUGUGGGUCAUUGGCGAAUAUCUCUCAGUGUCCUAUGACCCUCGCUGCACGGUGGAACGGAUCACAUCUUUUUUUGAGUGUUUGGAGGCGGUGCUGUUUGAGAUCACGCAGGUGCGACAGUCCGCCAGUCCUCCGAGCUUCUCCCCACGCCUCGUCACUGUGCUCAUGACCACCCUGGCCAAACUGGCCACACGCAGUCAGGAUCUAAUUCCCAGAGUGUCGCUCUGCCUGUCUAAGAUGCGGCCGUUUGCCCGUAGCGCUCCUGUGAUGACGUGCUACAGUGAGGAGGACACUGAGGAGAUCAUCACACGAGCUCAUGAACUUAUUAACUUGCUCAAGUUACCAAAUGUGGCUCAGUUUGUUCUGGCCCCUUCAGCUGGAGGCGACGGCCCCCGCUGGCACCGAGACACCAACGCCUCGCUUCCUCAGGGCUUGAAAGCAGUCAGCGGGCUCCUCCACAGACAUUCCAGCUCUCUGCCCACAUAAGCCAGUUCCAGGAAACUGUUUUCGAAAUAUCUGUGCAGAAUACCAAGAGAGAGUUUCUGAAGGACACAAAGGGAGAGGGAGUGACACUGGAGCAAAACAGGCAAGCACUGCUCCUCAUCAUGACUUCCACUUCUGCUCCACAAUCAGAAAUAUAUCAAGACACCAGGGGAUUGUGAUUUAUUCCUCGAUUUAUUGGAAUGUUUGUUAGAGACACAUUUCUAUAAAUGAAAUAUUCUGUGUUUAUUGUCAGGCUGCAUUUAUGAUUAGUGUCAAAACUGUUAAAAUACAGUUUAGAUCGAGUUGUUGUCCUUCUGAUUUAAAGUCUAUGAAACUAAUGGUACAAAAGAAUUAACCAUAGAAAUGACAUUUGACAAUUCAUGUGCUUACUGUCAUAUAAAUGUGACAUUAUGACAAAAUGAGUAAAAAACCUGUUAUACAUUCAAAGUCACAGUGCUUUAAAACAUGCUCUUUCAUAUCUGAGCUUCCUGGAUAAAUUUGUCAAUAGGUAAAACAGACGUUUACGUUGCAAGAAUUUCAUCAAGGUUUAUAUUUUCAGUAGGCCUU